UAGUAUACGUUUACUUUAUUCUUCAUUUCUUUUCCCUUUCUUCUUCCUCAAUUUUAACUGCCUAGUCUUCUCUCCAAAUUGAUAUAACUGCCGCUACGGAUAAUUAUCUCAGACCCCACUUGAGCAAUAUCAAAUCUACACUCUUUCUUCUGCAGCAGAUCAUAUCAGGUUGAUUUUGUUGAAGCAGAUAUUGUCGGUGAGAAAAGAGAAUGUGCUGAAAAUACUUUGUGCAUAGUAUGGAUGCGCACCAUUUCUAUGAUUAUGGUGUGACUGGAAGCGAUUUGUCAUGCUCUUCAUAUCCUACUAUUAGUUCUCUACCAAAUAGGCUGUCUGGAACCUCGAAAUUUGAUUCAGAAAAUUCGCCAAUUUCGCCACUUGCAAACUAUUUAGACUCUGAGACCUUUACCACAUUAAGUGAUUGCCAGGAGCAGCACAGCUCUACAGAAAAUCUUUCAGGAGCUAGUUCUUCCAGUAAUUCUUCGCUGGAUUAUAACCAUUAUUUCCAUCGUCCAAGCCCCUCCCCGGAUUGUCUUCCGGAAGGUCUGCUGGUUUUCUCUGGUGGAAAUGCUGCUCUUCAGAAUGCGGUUCACAGUCAGAACAUGCAACAUGCUCUGCUGCAGUUGGAGUCUGCUUUAAUGGGGCCAGACGAAGAAGUCACAAAAUCUAGCCCUUCUUAUGGUGGCAAUAAGGCGGCACAAACAUCAAAUCAGAGGUCUAGGGCGUGGACCAACGAAUCCAAGGUUUUGCAUCAAAAUGAAACUCAACGAUCACAAAUUUCCUUGUUCACCAAGUCAGGCAAUGGAAUUCUAAGUCAGGAACGGGACAAAGUACUAUACAACUUGCCCUUGCAUGGUGUUCCCUCUAGCAAUCUGAAGCAGCUGCUUAUAGCAUGCGCCAGAGCUCUUGCUGAAAACAAACUAGAUGAUUUUGAAGUACUGGUUACCAAGGCAAGGAGUACUGUGUCCAUUACUGGAGAUCCAAUCCAGCGUCUUGGUGCUUACAUUGUAGAAGGGCUAGUAGCAAGAAAGGAGUUAUCUGGAACCACCAUAUAUAGGAGUUUGAGGUGCAAGGAGCCGGCUGGAAAUGAUUUACUCUCCUACAUGCAUAUCCUCUAUGAAAUAUGUCCUUACCUAAAGUUUGGCUACAUGGCUGCAAAUGGUGCCAUAGCAGAAGCAUGCAGAAACGAAAAUUACGUCCACAUUAUUGACUUCCAAAUUGCGCAGGGGACCCAGUGGAUGACUCUCUUACAAGCUCUUGCUGCAAGACCUGGCGGUGCCCCCUAUGUACGCAUUUCAGGAAUUGAUGAUCCAGUUUCACAAUAUGCUCGGGGAGACGGAUUGGCAGCAGUGGAGAAACGACUAUCAGCAAUUUCUGAGAAAUUCAACAUUGCAGUAGAGUUUAAUGCAGUGCCAGUUUUUGCUCCAGAAGUCACUAAGGCUAUGCUUGAUGUAAGGCCUGGUGAGGCUGUGGCAGUAAACUUCCCUUUGCAACUUCAUCACACCCCUGAUGAGAGUGUUGACGUGAAUAACCCGAGGGAUGAGCUUAUUAGGAUGAUAAAGUCGCUUUGCCCCAAGAUAGUCACUUUGGUGGAGCAAGAAUCAAAUACAAACACGGCCCCAUUUUUCCCUAGGUUUUUAGAAGCUCUGGACUACUACCAUGCAAUGUUCGAGUCAAUAGAUGUGACCCUAGCGAGGGACAGGAAGGAGCGGAUCAAUGUGGAGCAGCAUUGUUUGGCUAGGGAUAUAGUGAAUGUCAUAGCAUGCGAGGGCAAGGAAAGGGUGGAACGUCACGAGCUACUGGGGAAGUGGAAAUCCAGGUUCAUGAUGGCAGGUUUUCGGCAAUAUCCUCUGAGCUCUUAUGUGAAUUCAGUGAUAAAGGACCUCAUGAGGCGUUACUCGGAGCAUUAUACACUAGUGGAGAAAGAUGGGGCUAUGCUGUUGGGGUGGAAGGAGAGGAACCUAAUCUCUGCAUCUGCUUGGUACUAGGUAUGAGAAAUCACUGAAAGAGUUGUAUCUGUAACGAAGUUGUAGUUUAUAACUAUUACUUAAUGAGACGAUAGGAUGGAUCAGGUAAUGUCAUAUAGUUUCAAUUUUCUUAACAAUGAGUAUAAAAAUAUUGCUUUCUGUUUAAAGUAUUGUUCAUAGUUAUCCUUGCUGUAAAAUAUCAUUUCUCGUCCUUAAUCUC